GUUGGUGUGAUGCCUUUGGCCACACUUAUUGUCGUCUUCACUUCACCGAAACACACCGAACCUUGAAAAACAGCCAAAUACAAGACGCUCAACUUAAUAGUCAGCUGCUGAUAAUCUGAUCGUUUUUAAGUUUUUGCCCUUACAGAUCUCUCCUCUUAAUUCGCUUGUUAUUGGAUCGUGUGGAGUUCUGAGUUGAGAUCUGAUGAGGUGGUAUCUAAUCGAUUCGUAGAAGGGGCUUAAAACGUGGAGGCGAGUUGUCGGUGGAUGAAGGGAGAAAGUCAACUGAAAAUGCCGGAGGAAGGCUUGGUUGACAUAAAGUUCAGGUUGUACGAUGGGUCCGACAUCGGUCCCUUCCAGUACUCGGCAGCUUCGACGAUCGAUGUGCUCAAGCAAAGGGUCAUCACUGAUUGGCCCAAAGGUAAAACAAUUAUUCCUAAGGGUGUAAAUGAGGUGAAACUGAUAAGUUCUGGUAAAAUUUUGGAGAACAACAAGACUGUUGGUCAGUGUAAGAUGCCUUUUGGUGACCGAGAGAUUGCUGGGGGUGUUAUCAUAAUGCAUGUUGUUGUACAGCCGUCUUUAGCCAAAACUAAAACAGAAAAGAAGGUCGAUAAUCCACCCAAGAAAGUUGUCUGCUCCUGCUCCAUAUUAUGAAGUUGACUGUAUGGAGUUUUACCCUCAUAUCAAUUCUUCAGAUACAGAAACAUUUUCUUUCAAAGCUCAGUGUAUCGAUGCAGCAUUCAUGUGUAGAAGUGCUCAGUGGCGGGGUGAUGUACUUCAUGUAUCUUUUUCUUUUUUCAAUCUUUGUAUAGACGACUCCUUGUAAAAAUACCAUUUGCGAUCAAAUUUCUGAAAGAAAUAACUGUGUAUUAACGACGACUUACUUGCUGUUGAAACUAUUUUCUGAAAGCUCUCUUCCCGUGUAA